UUAGUGCGCGUUUUCUCAUCUUACGCCUCCAAACGCUCUGAACUCUGCUGGAAACGCAAAUCUAAUGACUAACGCAAAUGAGGCACGGCUGCGUGACGGCGACAGACAUGUGCGCAAACUCUACAGACUGCGUGGGGGUCCUGCUCCUUCUGCUCCAGCUGCAGUUUAGUCAGAACAAACCCAUCGACUUCAUCUGUGACCCAGAGGUGAGGAGACGCAUGGAUGUGACGGAGGCGCUGGAGACGCUCACGACGCACUGCUUGGACCAGCUGCCCUCGGCCGUCCUGCGGCCCUGUGUCCGGAUAAACAUGGCAGCGUGGAAACAGACGUCAGUGAGUACAGCUCCUUCAUCUAACAAGAAAAGAACACACACCCAUCAGUUCCAGCAGAAGCAGGCGUUUGUACGCGACUCUCUGGACGCUCUUCUUCGCUCUCUGAGGAACGUGAAGGAAAGUUCGUCCGCUUCAUGUCAGACGGAUGUCUUGAAGACGCUGGAACGCAGUGUGAAGAACCACCUGCUCAUAGUGGAGCGUCUGGAGCGACAGCGCACUGGCUCAGUGAGAAGCCGCUGCGGUUUUGUUGUGGGUCAGUGUGGUCUGUAUCAGACUAUAGCGAUGCUGCUGGUGGCGUAUUUCAUCAUCAGUAUGACGGUUCUGUCCGUGUGUGCGAUCUCCACUAACGGAGCGCUGGACGCCGGAGGAGCGUAUUACAUGAUCAGUCGUGCUCUCGGUCCGGAGUUCGGCGGCAGCAUCGGCAUCAUGUUCUUCUUGGCUAACGUGUGCGGCAGCGCCCUCUUUGUGCUGGGACUGGUGGAGGCGAUUCUCACAACCUUCGGGAUUUCUGAUGACGGCUCGUCACUGACUGGCUCUGGGUACGCGGCUCUGCCGACUGGUUACUGGUGGUCUCUGCUGUACGGGACAGUGAUUCUGCUGCUGUGUGUGUUGGUGUGUCUGGUCGGGGCUCAUAUCUACGCUAAAGCCACCUUCCUCAUCUUCAUCAUCGUCAUGGUGGUUUUAGGGACCAUCUUCAUCAGUUUCUUCGCCGUGCCGUUUCGAACCGUCCAACUACCCGGCCACAGAAAUGCCUCGCUCGGCCCGACGAGCGCCAACUUCACCGGCUUCAAGUUAGACACGCUGUUGGGAAACGUGCAAGCUGACUACGUAGUGGACUACACCACCGGCGUCAUGAUGUCCUUCGCCACUGUUUUUGCGGUGAUGUUUAACGGCUGCACUGGGAUCAUGGCUGGAUCCAACAUGUCCGGUGAUCUGAAGAACCCGAGCUACUCCAUUAAACCUCAGGAAGUUUUUGGCACAAAGCUAAUUUGUUAUUUGAUGUGGAAAUAUGAAUUCAGAUCAUAUGGGAUCAGUGUGGCGUCUCUCUGUCUCUCAGGACGCUUUCUGUCUCCAGCCAAACACACGUCUGCCAGCGGGAACCCCUGGGUGUCUGUGCUGAUCUCCUGGAUCUUUGUGCAGCUGGUGUUGUUCUCCGGGAAGCUGAACACGAUCGCGAGUAUCGUCACUAUUUUCUUCCUGCUGGUUUACGCCGCUGUGGAUCUGGCCUGUCUGGCGCUGGAGUGGGCGUCUGCUCCCAACUUUAGGCCCACGUUCAGGUAUUUCACGUGGCACACGUGUGUUCUGGGGAUCAUGGGCUGUGCCGUGAUGAUGUUCCUGAUCAAUGCUAUCUACGCUUCGGCCAGCAUCGCCUUCAUGCUGCUGCUGCUGCUGCUGAUCCACUACCUGAGUCCCGUCAGCAGCUGGGGCUGCAUCAGCCAGGCGCUCAUCUUCCACCAGGUGCGUAAAUACCUGCUGAUGCUGGAUGUUCGUAAGGAUCACGUGAAGUUCUGGAGGCCGCAGGUGCUGCUGAUGGUGUCCAACCCCAGGUGCAGCGUGGGAUUGAUCGCGUUCAUCAACGACAUCAAGAAGAGCGGCCUCUAUGUGCUGGGACACGUGCAGCUCGGAGACCUCGACGUUCUCCCGUCGGAUCCGCUGCAGUCUCAGUAUGACUCCUGGUUGUCUCUGGUGGAUCAUUUGAAUAUUAAAGCAUUUGUUAAUCUCACGCUGGCCGACUCUGUUAGACAUGGAGUUCAACACCUGCUGUUCAUAUCAGGACUCGGUGGUAUGCGACCCAAUACUCUGGUUUUGGGUUUCUAUGAUGAUAUCCCGCCUCAGGACCUGCUGCAGGACUCCUCUUUAUCGAUAUGCAAAUUCACUGACAACUCGUCUCAAACUGACGACCCUGAAGACCAAAACGACCCGCCCUGCCAUUUCCCGCCAGUGCGAGGGGGCGUGUCUGUGGGCAGGGGCGGAGUCUGGGGCGGGAAGUCUAUGGGGCCUCAGGAGUAUGUGUGCGUCAUCGCAGAUGCGGUGAAGAUGCUGAAGAACGUAGCGUUGGCUCGAUAUUUCGGUCAGUUCGAUCGUACGCAGGCGCUCAAGGGGCCCGUAUUCGUCGAUGUGUGGCCGGUGAAUCUCUUGCGUCCGGACAGCGCCGCGUAUGUCGACACAUGCUCGCUGUUUUUGCUUCAACUCGCGUGUAUUUUGAACAUGACGAGGGCGUGGCAGAAAGCUAAGCUCCGCCUCUUUUUAUGCGUGGAGGAGGGGCGGAGCCUUAAAGGGACGGAACAGAAACUCAAACAUCUUUUGAAAGAACUGCGAAUGAAGGCGGAAAUCUGCACGGUUCCCUGGGAUUCGCAAGUCGCGCUUCAUUGGCAACGGCAGACGCGAUCGGAAAAAAUCGAAGAGAUGGAAAGCGAAGAGGGCGGAGUCGAAGCCGAUAAAGUGUUCGCGAACAGUUUCCCUAGCAACACCUCGCGAGUGUCGGACGAAUAUUUACAAGCGGUUAACAAACUCAUCCUGGACCAGACGCUCCACCCACCCGCCGUCCGCUUCCUGUAUUUGCCCCGCCCCCCCGCCGACACCAACCGUUACCAUGACUACCUGAAUCAGCUAGAGCUGCUCACGCGUAACCUGGGUCCGACCCUUCUGAUUCACGGGGUCACGCCAGUCAUCACCACUGACCUUUGACCUUUCCUCAUCAUGUGUACGUUAAAUUCCGAAAAGAGGAAUUUAAAUGAAAAAAAGAUACGAAACGCGUUCGGUUUAUUGUUUUUCACUUUUUCUGAGCACUUCACAUGUUUACUUCGGAAGAGAGAGAAAAUUUACACAAGAUGUUACGGAUCACGAGAAAACGUUCACCCGUUCCACUCAUUCCAUUCCGGUUCUUCCGUCUCUACUUGCCCUUUUCUUUUCUCGGAUUGUAACAAUGUAACAAGUGGAAUUCCUGGAAUUCCAGAAUGUUGCCACUCGGCAACUGAAUAUUUUUCCCGACUAUAAUGUUUUACGAUGUUUUUAGCCACUCCAGAAGUAUUUUGAAUUUCCACAGCAAAAGAGCAAAGAUUUGUGAGUGUGUUUGUUUACUUGAUGCAAUAAUAAUAAUGUUUUUUUACGGCCAAGAUGGAUCUCUUGCUUUCAGCGGUACCACUGAGGUUUACCGUUUUAUUCACACCAAACCAAAGUGCUUUGUGUGUGUCACAUGUGCCUUUUUUUGUUACAAAACUGAACAAAAACACACACGCGCGACUAACAAACAGUACGACAGUAUACCUCCAAGCGCGUGUACGAAAUCACUCUCCAUUCUGUGUUUGUAUCGUUUUUAAUAUGCAAUCAUUUUAAGCACUGCCAAAUUUAAGUAUAUCAAAAAAUGAAAUUGUUUAAUAAUUGAAUAAAAAUAA